UAACACGCAUGCGCAGAUCACACUAUCUCCCUUUCUCGUAUCCUGUACCCCUAGUUAGUGAUCAACCUUCCCCAGGCGAACAUCAUCAUGUUUUCUGCUGCUGUUCGUGUUUCUGCAGCUGGCAUCAGGACUUUAGCACGAAAAGGUCCUCAGUGCACAGCCCCCUUGGCCUCCCGGUGCUACUCUCAUGCCAAAGCAGAGACAGAUGAGGAGUUUGAUGCUCGCUGGGUCACUUACUUUAGAAAGCCCGACCUUGAUGACUGGGAACUUAGAAAAGGUGUGAACACUCUGAUUGGUUAUGACCUGGUCCCUGAACCUAAGAUCCUCGACUCUGCACUGAGAGCCUGCAGAAAGCUGAAUGACUUGGCCAGUGCAGUCCGCAUUUUAGAGGCAGUAAAGGAUAAGUCUGGACCACAUAAAGAGAUCUAUCCAUAUGUGAUUCAAGAGCUUCGCCCCACACUUAUGGAGCUGGGCAUCUCAACCCCAGAGGAACUGGGCAUCGAUAAAGCCUAAGCAGGUCUUGUGACACAUCUGACAAGGUUGUUCACUGCACUUCAAGGCUGCCUUGUUUUUUAAUAUCCAGCGUUCAUAAAGUUCUGUUCUGUCCUGUCAUGUCUAAAAGUUUUGACCUAAUAAACAGAGCAAUAUUUAA